GGCGGAUCUUCGCAGUAGUGCCACCCUCCCCCUCCAAGGUUGAUGGCGCACCUCUUAUUUCCCAAAAUAUUUUAUUUCUCAUCUCUUUUUCAGAACAGUGUAAGCAAAAGUAUAGUUAGAAAAUCGUAUAUUAUAUAAUAUUACAAUAUCAUAAGUCUGUUCCAUGCUUCCCCAUAUAUUUUUGUUGGAAACUUCUCAUUCCAAAAAUUCGGAACCCCUUCGAAAUGUAUCCCCUCAAAAAUUCAAAACGCCGUAAAAAUGUGUCCCCCUUAAAAGUUUUAAUGGCGCGAGUUGCGUAAUUAAACCCCGAAACACCCUUUUGGGCACCCCUGGAUCUUCGUACCUCAUACAAUAUGUUAUUUUCAAAUACGAGGAUCCUCUUACGGUAAUACUGAUUGAAUCCCAUUGCGAAACGAUAUUGGACAAUAUCGAAAGGUAAAUGUUGACAUCGAUAGUAUAGCAACAUCCCAUUCCUUGUUGUUUUCGGAAGGUUAUCUUGUAUUUACUGUCUUUGUUUUCAUGGCCAGGUAGAUGUUGGUUUGAGUUUUAAGACGUUAAUUUAAUAACGAUUUUGAAACAAUUAUAAAAAAUGACAACAGCUGCUCGGCCAACAUUUGAGCCUGCUAGAGGUGGACAAGGGCGAGGAGAAAAGGAUCUUAGUGCUAUUUCCAAGCAAUACUCCAGUCGAGAUCUUCCAAGUCAUACCAAGUUAAAAUUUAGGGAACAUGGUCAGGGUACUACUGAAGAACUUCGAAGUCGAGAUUUCAGGAGGGAAUUGGAUGAGAGAGAGAGAGAGAAAAAUAUUAGAAACAGAGCUUCUGAUCAGCAGAGUAAACGACUUAAAAUAGACCAAGCACCAGCUGCAAGUUUGGAUGCAGACGAUCCUCUUGACGACGAUGAGUCAGAUGAUCCAGAUUCAGAAGAUGAUACUGCAGCACUUUUAGCAGAGCUUAGUCGAAUUAGAAAAGAAAGGGCUGCUGAACAGCUCAAAAAGGAACAAGAGAAAAGAGCUGAAGAAGAGCGAAUUCGAAUGGAAAAUAUUUUAAGUGGUAACCCAUUGUUAAAUUAUUCUGCUCAAGCCACGAAAACUGAUCUAAAAGUGAAAAGGAGAUGGGAUGAUGAUGUGGUUUUUAAGAACUGUGCUCGUUCUGAACCAGAAAAGAAGACCAGUCAGUUUAUCAACGAUUCCUUGAGAUCAGAGUUUCACAGAAAGUUUAUGGAAAAAUACAUUAAAUAAAAUAUUGUUUAAAUUCUCUAAAAAUUAAUUAUGUAUGAGAUAUGUGACCUUGAUUUUAUGUUUAUAUAAAUUAUUUAAUUUAUGUUAAUAGUUUCAUUUAAUUUUUAUUGAUGUUUUGACUUACAAUUUACUGUUGUUUCCACAAGCAUAACAAAACAAAGAAAAGUAAACAUAAAAUUUUCAUACAGCAAGCAAGCAAGACUUGUUUUUUUAUUUGUAUUCAGUUCUUGUUUUACUUUGAUACCAACUUGCAGAAAUGUAAAUUAAUAUAAAAGAAUACACAAUUAUUGUUUGUA